AUGGAGAUCAGAGACUUCUUUGUCUCCGGCCAACUCCAAAGACGAUUUAACGAGACUCAUGUCCGUCUAAUCCCAAAAAUCAAAAGCCCGAAGACGGUUAUGGACUACAGACCCAUUGCACUCUGCUCCACGCAUUAUAAAGUUAUCGCCAAGAUUUUGUGCAAGCGGCUGAAACCUGUUCUUCCUACUCUUGUGUCCCCUCACCAGUCGGCGGCAGGCCGAUCAAUCUCGGAUAAUGUGUUAAUAACCCAUGAAAUCCUCCACUACCUCCGAACCUCAUCAGCUAAGAAGCAUUGCUCAAUGACCGUUAAAACGGACAUGAGCAAGGCUUAUGACAGAUUAGAGUGGAGUUUCUUGCGAGAUGUGAUGACCCGGUUUGGCUUUCAUCCGACUUGGGUUCACUGGAUAAUGGAAUGUGUCAGCUCCGUAUCGUACUCUUAUCUCAUUAAUGGUAGUGCGAAAGGUUGCGUUAAGCCAUCCCGAGGGAUCCGCCAGGGAGAUUCUCUCUCCCCAUAUCUAUUUAUUUUAUGUUCGGAGGUGUUGUCAGGGCUCUGUGUGAAAGCACAAGAGCAGGGAAUGUUACAGGGCAUUAAGGUGGCCCGAAACUCUCCAUCACUAAAUCACCUCCUCUUCGCGGAUGACACUAUGUUUUUCUGCAAGAGAAAGCAAGUUAUGUUGAAAGAUGUGUUAUCGGCUAUGCUGUCUUGCGCCAUGUCGCGUUUCAAGUUACCUAAAUGCCUUUGCCAACAGAUACAGAUAGUCCUCACCCGUUUUUGGUGGGACGCUAAACCGGAUGUUAGGAAGUUGUCCUGGGUUGCCUGGAGUAAACUCACCUUACCGAAGAGAGAAGGAGGCUUAGGCUUUAGAGAAAUUGAAAAGUUUAAUGAGGAGUUACUCGCAAAGCUUGCUUGGAGAGUACUCAAGUUUCCCACCUCCUUGCUGUCUCAAGCACUGAUCGGUAAAUACUGCCACACUAACCAUUUUCUCACCGCAGCAGCACCCAACUCUGCUUUGCAUGGCUGGAGAGGUGUACUGGCAGGAAAUGAGGACUUGAGUGCAAUCAGACUGCAUUUGCCUCAGUAUGUGGAUCUGAUCAAGAAAGUGAUUCCUAGUGAAUACCAAAUGGAAGAUGAGAUGGUUUGGUUACCAGAAAGGUCCAAAAACUACUCGACCAGAACGGGUUAUGCUCUAUGCAAAGUGAACCGAGAUCAAGAGAAUGGAGACCUCAACUGGUACCCUUGCAUUUGGCAGGUUAAAACAUCACCAAAGCUAAAACAUUCUCUGGAAAAUAAAAAGCAAUGCUCUUCCGGUAUGGGCAAACUUAUUGAGAAGAGGGGUGGAGGUAGAAGGGCGUUGCAAAAGAUGUGGACUUGUGGAAACUGA